CCAUAUAUGUCGCUGAAGUCACACACGCUUUGAGUGAAAAAUGGUGAAUUGAACGAAGAACACGUAACAGUUUGGAAAUAUUUCAGAACAUAUUAAUGUGUACGUAAAUUUGUGCUUUUGAAGCCUAUCUCUUAAAAGCGUUUAUAGAGACAUCUGAUAGUAAAAUUUGGAUAAGCUUGUCUUUAAGAUUUAAUAUUUAAGUAGGAACUGAUAGAAAUUUAUAGAUCAUGGAGUAAGUUAAUAGUAGAUUUUUCGAGAAUGUUUGGUGAUUUUACUUACACAAUAUUAAAGGAGUUCUUUUUGUACGAAAGUAUAUAUUAUUCGAUUAUUAAGUGUUUCCGUUGUAAGAAAUAGCAAGAAAACGGAUACUUAUCAUUUUGUAUUUAUACGUGAUGUUCUUCUAUUAUUAUAUAGUUAAGAAAUUAGUGUAGAUUUUCAGUUCAUGGGUGCUUCAUAUACAAGAAAAAUUAAUACGAAAAUGAAUAGCCCUACUUCAAAUUCAGAAAAAACAAGUGGAGAUAGCCAUCCUAGCAGUAGUGCAAGGCCAUUGUCUAUAGAAGGGCCACGUACUUCAAAUAAUCCACCACAGGUAAUGCCAGAACAACCAAAACAACCUAAUGAUCUUCAAGGUCUUCUGCGAUUUGCUGUUGAAGCAUCACAAGCAGGAGGUACUACAUACGAACCUCAAUUUCAACCUUUGGAUGAAGAAAAGAAAAAGUUCUUAAGUGAAGCUUUAUCUUCAUUAACUGUAAAUGUGAUAGAAGAAUUACAAAAAUCUAUUAAAACAUUAUCAAAUGUUGCGGAUCUCCGACCUGAUGGUAACUCAUCUGAAUAUGAUGCAGCUCUUGAGCGAAUUGCAGAUUUCGUUGAUAGUAUUGACGUUGCCAAUGAUUUUUACAAAAUUGGUGGUUUUUCAAUAUUUGGCCCGUGUCUUAAUUCUUCUCACAGUAGCAUCAGAUGGAGAACAGCAGAUAUAAUUGCGGAGUUGACACAAAAUAAUCCAUUUUGUCAACAAAGAAUUUUAGAAUGCGGAUUAUUUCCAAUAUUAUUAGAAAUGGUAGAUAAAGAUCCUUCAGAAGCUGCAAGAAUCAAAUCUUUAUAUGCUAUAUCAUGUAUUGUAAGAGGACAACCAAUGUCUUUACAAUACAUGGAUAAAAACGAUGGUUAUUCUGUUCUUUUAAGAGCUAUGCAAAGUUCGGUGAAAAAAUUACAGAUUAAAUCUGCCUUUUUACUCUCAUCACUCUGUAACAAAGAUAAUUCAGAUAAUUUAAAAAUUACUUUAGUUAAUAUGGGAUUAAUUGAACAAACAGCUGGAUUACUUGGAUCAAAUAAUAUUUCUCCAGAAAUAAGAGAACAAUUAUUAAAUAUUCUUACCGGUUUAACAAAUAAUACCUUUUUACCUGCAUUGCGGGAAUGUCGCAAACCAAAACUCUGUUUGAAAUUAAUACUUGAACAAUGCUUAAAAGAAUUAACAUCAGAAGAUAAAGAAGAAAUAGAUAUGUGUAAUCAAUUAUUAGACAAAAUAUUUUCUGACAGUGAUAUUGUUGAAGAAAGAUAAAAAUAAUAUAUUAAUAAUUGUAUUACUUCAAAUUAUGAUUGUAAAAAGCAAUUUAAUAACAAGGAUAACAAGAA